AUGGGUCAGGCUUCGAGCAGUCAAGACUCGUUUGUGGGUUUCAUCCACUGUGGCUGUGAUGCGUCGUCUGGACGCGAGAACGAGUUCACUCCGUUGGAACCUGAUGUCUUGGGCGAUUCCCUGAGGCAGCUUGAAGGCGUUGAGAUCGGAUCAUGGCGUGCCACCCGGUCCUUGUCCGCAAGUGCUUGGGCAAUGGCCCGGCGACGAGUUUUUGCGUCUCACUUGAAGACGACCUUUGCCAACCACCAUCGCAUUCUGCGUCAGGUGGGAGAGGGCACCUACGGCCACGUAUACGAGGCGGAGACAAUGUUGCCAGGUCAAUCUGGAAAUUCUAUGCCUUCACGACCCCGGCAAGUGGCUGUGAAGUGCUUCAAGCUGGCCGAGGCCAGCGCGCGUGAUGCUUCAGGCAUGGGCGAAAAGGCCAUGCGCGAGAGUUUCGAGAAGGAACGUGCCAUUCUGGCAAGGCUAGAACAUCCGCACAUCGUGAAGAUGUACGAAUGCUUUGAAGAACGCCAGUCCCUUUGGGUGGUGUGCCAGCCCCAGUGGAUGAAGGUCCCGCUACUGGUCACCACGCUCUGA